AUGUCGGCUAAUGUGCAAGCUCGGGACAUCAUGGAAUGCCCGGAGUGCAAGGGGAAGACUCAGAUCGUCGUGGACUAUGCUCAAGGUUCGGUGAUUUGCCGUAAUUGUGGAUUGAUUUUGGAGAUGUCAUGCAUUGAUGAUUCGCAAGAAUGGCGGUCAUUUUCGGAUAGCAGUGGACCGGACAGGAAUCGAGUUGGAGGGACGACUAAUAAUAUGUUGCAUUCUGGGGGCUUGGGCACUAGUGUUGGUUUUGGCAAUAGUAGAUUGGCCCGUACCCACAUGAUAGCGGUGAAUAGUGAUAAUGUGGAUCGUACUCUCAACAAGGGUCAUAAGAUUCUCCGAGACAUUAUGGACGCCCUGGCUUUGCCAGACAAUAUCUACACACGAUGUUGUCAGAUAUUAAAGCAGAUGGACGAUAGUGGAUUGUUGAAGGGGAAGACGAAUUAUCCGUGGUUGUUGGCAGUAACGUAUAUGGCAUGCAGGCAGGAGGGAGCUGGAAGAAGUAUCAAGGAGAUACUCGCGGCCCAGCCUACUGUGAAGAAGCAGUCAUUCACCGACAACAGUUGUCGAUUGGCUGAUCUGCGUAAUAGAAUUGAAUGA